UCAGACGUACGCAAUCCCUGGGCACAUUUCGACAUAGCAGAAUGGACUGAAGAAAAAUAUGCAUAUUCUAUCAAGUUGAUGAGACAUCUUAUAAGAAAACUCAAACUUACUGAAGAAAAGGAAAAGAGAAUCUUGAGACAACUAGAGAAUUGGGAAACACAUGGUAAACAUUUCCUGAGUGGAACAACACUUGGUUUGGAGAUAGCAGAGGAAAUUCGUCAACAUACACAUGUUCUCAGUAAAUAUGUACUGGCGCCGAUGGAUGAAACAGACGAUCAGUUUAUUAGAGUGCACAAAGAAUUGAAUGAUUUAGAAACUGGUUUACAGAAAUACUUGGAAAGGAUACAAAAAUUAGAAAGUAUGGCUACCAAGCACGAAUUAAGAUUAAAAUGCGUAGAAGCAGAAAUGGAAAAAAAAGACGAAGAUGCUAUUCCAAACAAUAUUCGAGUAUGUUAG